AUGGUAAUUCCAGACCACACAAAGCUUGAACCCGUUAAUAACAUUAUCAAAAAGUUCGAGGAGGGAAGCGACCAGUCGCAACCACCUCCACGACCUAAAAGCCCUGGAAGACUUCACAUAACUCCCGGACAAUUUGACGGAACUGGCAAUGCUACUAUCCCCGCGACGACUACUACUGUCUCAAAGGAGCCGCUAAAUGUUUCGGUGGAAGAAUUUGGUUCUAAGAUUGUCGUAGAGCAGGUUGAUACUAAUGGGAAAGAGGCUUCUACUACCACUGUUCUGAAUGAACAAACUGCCGAAACAAUUAGUAACGUUCAGGUUGAAGUUAUUCCCGAAGAAGCUGAAGUUACUCCCGAAGAAGCUGAAGUUAAGGCACCUGAAGAGAACGUUCAAAAAUCGCUUGCUGAGGAGCAGCCGAUGAAGAAUAAAACAGGUGCUACAACCAAAAAAGUAUUAAAAAAACCCGCCGCAACUACCACAUCUGCGACAACAAAAAAACCCACAAAUACGAGUGGACAUAAAUCUUCGUUAUCGACGUCUUCAAUAAACACCACAACAACAGGAAAAACAGGUUCAACUCAUGCUAAAAAAGCCAGCACUUCAUCAAUAAGUUCUCUGAAAUCCAAUAGUAGCGGUAGUUCUACUACUACUCGAGCUAAAUCACCAAGUGGUCGAUCAUCUACUACCACAACUAGUAGUUCUACUGUAUCGAAAACUAAAACAUCCACAGCACCUGCGCCUAAAACCUCAGCACGCGCAAAUACCACCGCUACAACUAAGAAAACAGCAACCGGAGCUUUUGCUGAUAAAAGUAAAAUAUCAACUACGACUUCAUCAAAAACCACGACUUCACCAAAAACCACGACUUCAAAACUCACUUCUAAAACUACUUCCACAUCAAAAACAAAUACCGCGGCUAAAUCACCUACUCCUAAAACUACUUCCACAUUAAAAACAG